UAAACAUUUGAUACGGAACGAAAUUAAAUCAAUUGCUAAACCAUCCAACUCCCGCGCGUUUACUGUAGGCUACUGUAGCCAAUACUCUAACCAGACUCCUCUCGGAAUAACCACUAGGGUUUGCUACGGACAUUUCCUCCCGUUAUAGAUGGGUUAGACAACGGAGGCAGAACCAAGUCUCGGUUGACACAGACUGCAGCCACAAAACGCUAGAAAGGAAGCUUCGCGGAGGCGGUGGAUUGUGUCUGAACAUGGCAGGUCUGAAUGAGUACAGCGGCUCCGGUCGCGCGGUAGAAUAGGCGAGCGUGUGUCGCUUUCGGGUGGGAGCAGAGAGAGGAAGAUGGCGGGGAAGAGAACUGCUUUUCAGCCGCUGUCCAGCUCUCGCGUCCCGGAGAGGAAGGGAGCGGCUGACCGCGUCAAGCCUAAUGUGGAGUGGUGCUCUUCUACCACCCACCAGGAGCCGGAGAAAGGAGCCCCUUCCACAGCGGGAACUGGCAGUGGCAGCGCCGGGAUUCACCAGCACGCCGGAGGGGCCGUUGGAGGACCAGGUCCGGUGGACGAGUCCUCCGAUAGCGAAGGAGAACAGGAAGGCCCCCAGAAACUCAUCAGAAAAGUGUCCACCUCCGGGCAGAUCAGGAGCAAGACGAGCAUAAAGGAGGGGCUUCUGCUGAAACAGACCAGCUCCUUCCAGCGGUGGAAAAAGCGCUACUUCAAACUGAGGGGCAGAACACUCUACUAUGCCAAGGAUUCCAAGGGGGGCGGCGUGCUGUCCCGGUGGCAGGAGCGGGCCUACCGUGUGUCCCGGAGCCGGGUGUGCUGGAGGGUGCUGUCCGUGUGCUGGACGGGGCCCCGUCGCGCCCCCCCGCACCUGGGCGCCAGCGGCUCGGAGGAAGGGUUGGUGGCAGUUCGGUCUCUCAUUUUUGACGAAGUGGAUCUGUCCGAUGCCAGCGUUGCAGAAUCCAGCACCAAGAAUGUCAACAACAGCUUCACGGUAAUUACUCCCUUCCGAAGGCUUAUCCUCUGCGCGGAGACCAGGAAAGAGAUGGAGGACUGGAUCAGCUCGCUCAAGUCCGUUCAGUCCAGAGAGCAUUACGAGACGGCACAGUUUAAUGUGGAACAUUUCUCAGGGAUGCACAACUGGUAUGCCUGCUCCCACGCUCGCCCCACCUUCUGCAACGUCUGCCGGGACAGCCUAUCAGGAGUGACCUCCCACGGCCUGUCCUGCGAAGUGUGCAAAUUCAAAGCUCAUAAAAGAUGUGCGGUAAGGGCCACUAACAACUGCAAAUGGACCACACUGGCCUCUAUCGGGAAAGACAUCAUCGAGGAUGAGGACGGGAUCGCCAUGCCCCACCAGUGGAUGGAGGGGAACCUGCCAGUCAGUGCCAGGUGUGCGGUGUGCGAUAAGACGUGCGGGAGCGUGCUGCGACUGCAGGACUGGCGCUGUCUGUGGUGCAAGGCCAUGGUGCACACGGCCUGUAUGGACCUGUAUCCACGCAAGUGUCCCCUGGGUCAGUGCAAAGUGUCCAUCAUCCCUCCGACGGCCCUCAACAGCAUCGACUCUGACGGCUUCUGGAAGGCCACCUGCCCCCCGUCCUGCGCCAGCCCGCUCCUCGUCUUCGUCAACUCCAAGAGCGGGGACAACCAGGGGGUGAAGUUCCUGCGGCGCUUCAAACAGCUGCUGAACCCCGCGCAGGUCUUCGACCUGGUCAACGGCGGCCCGCACCUAGGCCUACGGCUGUUCCAAAAGUUUGACAACUUCAGAAUCCUGGUGUGCGGGGGAGAUGGCAGCGUGGGCUGGGUUCUGUCCGAAAUCGACAAGAUGAACCUUCACAGACAGUGCCAGCUGGGGGUGUUGCCCCUGGGCACAGGAAAUGACCUCGCUCGGGUGCUGGGCUGGGGGCCGUCCUGCGAUGACGACGCCCAGCUGCCCCAGGUCCUGGAGAAGCUAGAGAGAGCAAGCACCAAGAUGCUGGACAGGUGGAGUAUAAUGACGUAUGAGAUCAAAAUUCCUCCCAAACACAUCUGCCCAGCCACAGCAGAGGAGUCUGAGGAGUGUCAGUUUCAGAUUUCAGCCUAUGAAGAUUCCGUUGCCGCUCACCUCACCAAGAUCCUCAACUCAGACCAGCACUCUGUGGUCAUAUCCUCCGCAAAGGUUCUGUGCGAAACGGUGAAGGACUUUGUGGCCAAAGUGGGGAAGUCGUACGAGAAGAGCGCAGAGAACAGUGAGGAGGCGGAGACAAUGUCUCUGAAAUGUGCCAUCCUCAACGAGAAGCUGGACUCGCUCCUCCAGACCCUCAACACUGAAGCCCAAGCCACACCCCGCCCACCCCACACCACCCCGCCCAUUGUGGAGGAGGAGCCUGAGGAGGAGACAGAGCUGGAGGAGGAGCCGGAGCCGGAGGAGGAGCUAAGCGAAGAGUCUCUGACGGAGCUGAAGGGGAAGCUGGAGGAGAACGUGACGGAGAAGAGCUCACCGCACGCGGUGUUCCGCCCGCGGGAACAGCUGAUGCUCCGGGCCAACAGCCUGAAGAAGGCCGUGAGGCAGAUCAUCGAGCAGGCCGAGAAAGUGGUUGAUGAACAGAACGCGCACACUGAAGGACAGCAGGAGCCGCAGUCUCCAGCCGAGUUUAAAAAGGAGGGCGAGGACGAAGACAAGGACAACGAGAAGGACGAGAACACCAGGGACCUGGAAUCUCCGUCCUCUGCGAAGACCACGCCCUGUUCCCCCCCUGAGAGGCACAUGAGUCGCAGCAGCCAAUCCUGCGGCUCCUUCUCCAUCCCGCACUUCACCACCAGCAAAGAGAACCUGCCCGUGCUCAACACCCGCAUCAUCUGUCCAGGCUUAAGGGCUGGCCUGGCUGCCUCCAUAGCUGGCAGCUCCAUCAUCAGCAAGAUGCUGCUGGCCAACAUCGACCCGUUCGGUGCCAUGCCCUUCAUAGAUCCAGACCUGGACUCACUAGAGGGAUACUUGGAAAAGUGCGUCAUGAACAACUACUUUGGGAUCGGACUGGAUGCCAAGAUCUCCCUGGAGUUCAACAAUAAAAGAGAGGAACAUCCGGAAAAAUGCAGGAGUCGCACCAAGAACAUGAUGUGGUAUGGAGUGCUGGGGACCAAGGAGCUGCUGCAGAGGACCUAUAAGAACUUGGAGCAGAAGGUUCAGCUGGAGUGUGACGGGCAGUACAUCCCCCUGCCCAGCCUCCAGGGAAUCGCCGUGCUCAACAUCCCCAGCUACGCCGGCGGGACCAACUUCUGGGGCGGGACCAAAGAGGACGACAUCUUCUGUGCACCAUCGUUUGACGAUAAGAUCUUGGAGGUGGUUGCUGUGUUCGGCAGUAUGCAGAUGGCUGUGUCCAGGGUUAUAAAGCUGCAGCACCACAGGAUUGCACAGUGUCGCUCGGUGAAGAUCACCAUCCUGGGAGACGAGGGCGUUCCCAUCCAGGUGGACGGGGAGGCCUGGAUCCAGCCGCCCGGGAUCAUCAAAAUACAGCACAAAAACAGGGCCCAGAUGCUGACCCGGGACAGGGCCUUUGAGAACACGCUCAAGUCCUGGGAGGACAAGCUGAAGUACGACAAGCCCCCGGUGCGGCCACACCUGUACUCGCAGCAGUCCGUCGACCUGGCGACCGAGGAGGAGGCGGGGCUUGUCCAGGCCUGCGCCCGCGCUGCCGAGGAGCUCAUCACCAGGAUCUGUGAGGCGGCGAAAACCAACGGUCUCUUGGAGCAGGAGCUGGCCCAUGCUGUCAACGCGUCCUCCCACGCCAUCAACAAAACCCACCCCAAAUUCCCGGAGAGCCUGAGCAGAAACACAGCCAUUGAGGUGGCCAGCACAGUGAGGGCCCUGCACAACGAGACAGAGUCGCUGCUGGUGGGGAGAGUGUCUCUGCAACUGGAUCCCCCCCAUGAGGAGCUGCUGUCGAGCGCCCUGCAGACUGUGGAGCUGGAGCUGGCAGCUGGCAGCACGCUGCCAUGGCUGUACCACAUCCUGCAGCCCAACGACGAGGAGGGUCAUGACCUUGAGUAUGGAAAGAGGCACAACCGCAGCGCCAUGUUCCGCAUCGUCCCCAAGUUCAAGAAGGAAAAAGCCCCCAAGAAGUGCAGUCCACAGUCAGUUCAGAGGUGGGGCACUGAGGAGGUGGCCGCCUGGCUGGAGCAGCUCAGUCUGGGGGAGUACAAAGACACCUUCAUCCGCCACGACAUCCGCGGCUCCGAGCUCCUUCACCUGGAGAGGAGGGACCUGAAGGACCUGGGGAUAUCGAAGGUGGGCCACAUGAAGAGGAUUCUGCAGGGAACUAAGGAGCUGGCCCGGACCACCCUGGCUGACCUCUGACCUUUGACCUGUGUGUGAGCGGCCGAGCGGGAGGAUUGUGGGUCCCCACUGACCCCCACCCUCCUACAGCUGAAACGGAAGCUUCCGGAAGCUCCGCGGCCGAGGAGAGCUUGGGGCAGGAGGGGCGGAGGAGGAGGCGGGACUUCUCCUGUGUGCGGUGGAAACGCGGAAUGGGACAUUUGGUUGUUUGCAGAAGGUAACGGUGCCAAAUAAAAGCAGUCAGAGAGGUUGAUAAAGGAUAUGGAGAAAGGGAUAGAUCUUUAAAAAUAAAAGCCAUUUAACUGUUUAUCACACGUGGCUGAAUCAGGUAUGCAACUGUAGACAGGCUCGGUCCUCAGAAUGAAAAAAAAAAAAAAAACGACAAAAAAAAGUUCAACAAGUAGCAAAUCAGGACUUCCAUGAAGUGUACGCGUGGGGCAGAAGCCUCGCAUUGCCUGGGUUGAGAUGGCCAAAACGGGCUGGGGGGCAACUUAUCAAAUAGGCUGGGGGGGGGGGGCACCUUAUCAAAUGGGCUGGGGGGGCCACCUUAUCAAACGGGCUGGGGGGCAACUUAUCAAACUGAUGCAGAGGUGGGGUCGAGCGACACAACACAACACCGCCCCCCCCCAAAAAAACCAUGAAAAAGGCGUCUCCUUAAACCAGUGAGCUAAUGAUGCAUGGGGUUUGCCUGCUUGACCUGGUUAUCUAUUUUACUGCAUGAUUAUAGUCAGAUUUUUUUUUAAUGUACAAGAACACUUGAACAAGUUUUUUAUGGGAUUCAAUGUCAUUCCAUUUGUUACUACUGAAGUCGCCUUUCUCCCAUAAUUAAGCCCUUUUUUCUACACUUUGCAUGGAACUGGUUGUUCUGUGACUGUCACCUGUGCCAUAUUUGCAAGGUUAAUUAUCGUAUGACGUGCUUUAUCUGCUUUAUCGAUAGUGUUCCAGUCCUCCUUAUUAACAUUUAUUAGAGGAAAGUUAAGAACUUCGAUUUAUUAGUCAAAUUAUAUGAUUUCACGCUAUUAACUGUGUGUAGCUGUGAAAAUCUGCACCAAAGUGAAUGUCCUGAUCAUUUAUUGUUUUAUGACAGCACCCGUUUCCCAACUAUGAAGUUUUUGUGCUGAAAUUCCAAUUUUGUGUGGACAAUACUUGAAAGAACAAGAAGCAAGGAGUUGCUGUGCUCUAGAAAUGAUAAAAAAGGAAGGAACAUGGAAGACAAAAGAGGCAGUUUUAGGUUUUAUGCAAGUUAAGUUUUUAUGACAACAAAGUCAAAUUGAGCAAUUUAUUAAUUGGACUGUUGAUUAAAUGGAUAAUCCCAUUAAAUAGAUAAUUCUACCUUUUCAAAUAAGUGUUACUUAAGGUAGUUAAAAUACAAUAGCUGGUGCACUUCAUAAAUUUUUUACAUUUCACAAAGUAAUGAUAUUUAAGUAGGAAUAGGAUAGGCAUUGGUUAAAAUACUACACUUUCAGAGUUGUGCUUAAAUGCAGCUUAAUUGAAGUGUGCAACUGGGCAGUAGGAAGUUAAUGAGAUACUCUGGUAUAAAUGAUAUUAAGUCUGGGUAUUACAGGGUAUAUUCGUAAGUGUGACAGUGAGGUUUUAUAUUUAAUAAGAUAAGUGAUUCCACUUUGAUAUUAUAGUUAUAAGCCUUUAUAGUUUUAUUAUAUAUUAUAAACAGCUCACACAUUUAAUUGUGUGUAUUGCACCAGAACAGCAUUAUUAAUUAUUAAGUCUAGGGAUGUGCUCUGUGUUUCAUAUUGUAGUAUUCUGAAGGUGCAAUAUUGUAUUUACUUUAAUGCUACUUGCUGUUGAUGAAAACGUGAUGUUUUUCUGUGGAAGUGUAAAGAGCAUUUUGUAAACUGCUCUCCUCGACUGAUGCGAUAAGGUAGAUGGUUCAAAAUGCUUCCAAAAGCUCCGUGUUAUUCCUGUUGAGCUGUGCUUCCUGGAUCCUUACAGUAACAUAAAAACACAUCCAGUUAGAUGUUUUCUAGCCCAUACAGAAAACACACACACACACACACACAUAAGCUCUGUCAGAUGCAGUUGGCAUAGACAUUUUUACUUUGUGUAUUUAAUCAAAAUAUGAUGCAGUGCGCACUGAAGUUCGUAGUUACUUUCAGUUAAACAGAUUCAGCUACUGUUGUUUUGCGCAAGUAGUCAUACUGCAGAUUCCCUCCAGGGGGUGCCAGUGUAGCACUAUAGGGGAAAAACGUAAUUUUUAGAGACAGGAGUUUCUUCCACCUUCUCAUAUUUGAGAGUACUAAAGAAUAUGCAGAUUAUUUCCAUUUCAUUACGUGCUUUGACUGUAGGGUGUUACUUCAUGGAUGUAACCUUUACUUUUCUAUCAAAAGAAUGAAGAAGGGAAGAGAGUUUUUAAACUAUACAUUAUGGUGGACAAACGUGUACAGUAAGCCACUGACACAAUCGUAAAUAAUGCUACUCCAUCAGUUUCCAAUGCUGAAACGAACCGCCUAAGUUAAACAAGGGAUUUAUAUAAUUAGCUCUUUCCCAAAGCAACCAACACAGAAUGUGUGUGUGAAACGAAUGCUACUGUCCGUACUGAGAAGCUUCUCUCAUAUUUACUUUCUGGCAGCUGACUGCGAAUUUGGACACUGAGUUUGUCUGAGUAAAAUAUAAUAUAUAAUAACUGAGAUAUUAAUAUGAAUUAACUGCACCGAGUAAAAGUUACGAAUAUUGACAAUCAAAUAACACAUUUUCUGAAUGGUGGACUUACAGACUCUUAGGGAAAGCUCAUGUCUUCAUAAGGUUUUCCAUGUUUUUUUUUUUUUUUUUUUUAAUAUAGCAAAGAUCUAAUGAUGGCACUGUACAUAUACUGUACAAGCUUUGUUAGAAUAAAAUAUAAAAUAUGGAAGAUCUAAUAAUCCCUACCAUAUAACAUAAUUUAAGUUUGAACCAAAUGAUGUAAAUGUGACGCUCACAGCAGGAUUGUUAUUUUCUUAAUUUAAUGCCUUCUUAUUGUCUCUCCUGUACUCUCCCCCAGUGAGCCCAGCUGCGGCCCAGUUUUAAUGUUUUAAUGCUGAGCACAGAUCAGUGGGUCUGAGUGUGAAUCUGAGAGGCCUAAGAGAAGGGAAUUAUGGGAAUUAAAUCCAUUACAUGUAGUAAUGAAAGACUGUACCUCACCUCAUACCCAUCGAGGCAAAGGAAAAUCUGUGUUCAAGACCAUACUUUCUUAAGCAACAUCCUGAACUUUUCCCUGACCUAAAUUUUAUCACAUUUUGAGAAGCACGACGGAAAGAUAAGCCUCAGAAGUGAGAUUUGUUUGUUAGUACCGUUCGCUUUGUCCUUGCUGCUGGACAUGUGGCUGGGUCCUCCUCAGUACCUGGCAGGUAUGAUAGCUGACAGAAUAAUGAGGAAUCAUUUAUAUUCUAGUAAAUGUACAGCUUCAAAUAAUUAUUACUGGGGAAAUGGAGUAAUCGCUGCUCAGUCCAAGGCCUGUUUCUCUCCCCCUUUGAUGUGAAUCUUUCCCAUCUGACUGGUGGAAUUAGAUUCGGUAACCUAGGAAACAUUGAAGCCCAUUCCCAAAACCAGUUGUGACUUGGCGAGCGCAGACGUAUGGGGGAAAACUACUGAAACAGUCGUUUUUCUGUCGACAGGAUGAAGCGCGUUUGUAACCAGGCCUCAUUUUGGCAAGAAACGCACGGUAAUCAAAGCCAUACAGGCCCAGAAAUAUUUCUGCAAAAUGGUCUGCACACACUUUCUCACUGAUGAUAGUCUUCUAAAUAUUACAGCGCAUUCUGUGCAAACUGAAUAUUUCCUCCUACCAAUAGCUAGAUUCACAACCAAAGACGCAGGUGAAACGUACAAGUAGCAACGGUCAGAAUUUAGAGAACUCUCAGAUUUCAGUGUAGGUUUUCAGGCGUUAGGCGUCUGAAAUGAGUGAACAUAUGGAGGUUUAUCUCUACACAUACGCCAAGGAGACGCACUGAAUCCCCAAAUGUGGGAUUAUUCCGGUGAUAACAGAACGGAGGAGACACAGUACACAAAGGCUGUGCCUUAGACACAGCUCCGGUUAGACGCUGAGGAAACGUCACCUUCAUCAUCUUCUGUGCGCAGACAGCUUCGUCAUCGAGUGUGUUUACGAUGGCGGUGAACUGGCAUGACAAACCCUUAAAUCCUGAUCACACUUGAGUAAGAUUGCUGUGAUUCAGGGACACACUUGAUACGGAGACGUGAGAUCCUCAGUUAACGGCUUCGUCCUGUGCCUUAACCCAGCGAGGCAGGGCGGCCAUUACGCGGUUCCACACGGCUGUUAUCGCUUAGAAACAAGGCCUGCAAACGAGCUCAGCGUCAGGAGAGUCUGAAACGGAUGGUUUACAUUUCUAAAUUAUGUUUGUGUAUGACACUGGAUGCUGUAUCACAUGCUGUUGCCUGUCUGAACAGUGCAACUUAAAUCAAAAUGUAUGUCUUAUUCUCCUCUUCAUUUCAACGGUUCUCGUGUUGUAUUUAUUAUUUUUGCCAAAAUGGGACCCACUCUUUUUAUUUGUUGAAUGUUUUUUUUUCUUUAGAAGGUAGGUCAGUUGGUUUCUUCUGUAGUCAUUCUGCAUAAGAUGAACUUUACUGCCAUUAUGGUACUGUACUUCAGUGAACAUUUCUGCACACGCACCUCAUGAAGACUGCUUCCGAAAGAGCUCCCCUAGUGGGGAGAAAAAGAAGUGCAGUGUGUUUGGCCAGGAUACCGGGCCCCUCUGGGUACAUUGAUUUGAUUAACAAUUCUGGUCAUGUUUUAAAUUUUUAAAAAUACAAAAAUAAAAAAAGCUGCAAAACUGCCUGGUGUCAAGACCAACCCAUACGGGGAUCUUUUAGAACAGGAUAACAUACUCUAACAUGCUUUCUAAUAAGGAAAAAGAGAGGUGAGGUUCAUUUGUUUACAUUCUGUUUACAAUGGCACAGAUUAAUUUUUAAUAUUCUGUAUAAGUAUAUACCAUAUUUACAUAUUUAUUGCCUAAGAUUAAACAAACCAAUGUGUAAUGUGUUUUCACCUUUGGAAUAUAAUGUUACAGUAACUUGUAUAGAUAUAAGGGUGACUUUGGUAAAGUAGUGAUUUUUAUGACUAAGUGACUGUUUUCUGUGCCUUUUUAAUGUAGAAUGCAUGGUUAACUAUUUAUUACAACAUGGAAGUCACUGAGAUGUGUAUUUUUGUAUUCUUAUUAAAUUAAUGGUUCAACUUUGUUGUACAUUUUGAGAUGCCUUAAUGCAAAAGGCUACCAGUUAAUAUCUUCCUACUUAAAUAAAACUGAAUGCAUUCA